CGCCCUUCUCCCACACGACAAUGGGCGGCGGCUCCCCAAGGACCACGCAUUUGAGUUCGGCCUCGGCGCCACUUACCACCCGCACGGGCCGCGGGAAGCGCAGGAAGCAAGGGGGGCUCCCCUGAUCUCCCGAGCCCACUUUCAUGGCGGCGGCGCGGGGAUACGGGCGCGCGGCGAGCACGGGCGGCCAUGGCUGCCAUGGGCUGGAGGCCAACCGGGAGCUGGUCCUGGCCAAGGUGAGGGCCCUGUUCCUGGACGCCUUGGGUCCCCCAGCGGUGACCAGGGAAGGUGGGGAUCCUGGAGUCAGGCGGCUUCCCCGAAGACACGCCCUGGGGUUCUUCACGCGCAGGGGCUCAGAGCAGGAGGAGGAGGAUGUCUCCCGGGCCAUCCUCUUCCCAGCCACAGGUGCCACCUGUGAGGACGAGCCAGCUGCUGGUGAGCUGGCCCAGCAGGCUGAGGAGGGCCUCUUCACAUACGUGUUCAGGCCGUCCCAGCACACCCGCAGCCGCCAGGUGACUUCGGCCCAGCUGUGGUUCCACACGGGGCUGGACAGGCAGGGCCCAACAACCUCCAAUAGCUCUGGGCCUGUGCUGGGCCUGCUGGCACUGUCCUCUGGGGGGCCCAGGGCUGUGCCCAUGUCAUUGGGCCCAGCCCCCCCUCGCUGGGCUGUGCUGCACCUGGCCUCCUCGGCUUUCCCUCUGCUGACCCAUCCUGUCCUGGUGCUUCUGCUGCACUGUCCCCUCUGCUCCUGCUCAGCCCGGCCUGAGACCACUCCCUUCUUGGUGGCCCACACGCAGGCCAGACCACCCAGCGGAGGGGAGAGGGCCCGGCGCUCGACUCCCCCGCUGCCCUGGCCUUGGUCUCCUGCUGCUCUGCGCCUGCUGCAGAGGCUACCAGAGGAACCCAUUGUCCACACCAACUGCCACAGAGCAGCUCUCAACAUCUCCUUCCAGGAGCUGGGCUGGGACCGCUGGAUCGUGCACCCUCCGAGUUUCAUCUUCCACUACUGUCACGGAGGCUGUGGGCUGCCCACCACACCAAACCUGCCCCUGCCAGACCCUUUGGCUACCACCACCCCUACCCAGCCCCUUUCUUUGGUGCCAGGGGCUCAGCCCUGCUGUGCUGCCCUCCCAGGGACCAUGAGGCCCCUACAUGUCCGUACCACCUCCGACGGAGGUUACUCCUUCAAGUAUGAGACGGUGCCCAACCUUCUCACCCAACACUGUGCUUGUAUCUAAGAGGGUCCCGCUUCCUUAUCCCAUGGCUGGUGGCCACGUCCUCACCAUCAGCUGGGAGGUCACUCUGGAGGAAGGGCAGAGCUUGGAGAAUGGAUGGUCCCCACUUUCCCCCCUCCUUCCACUUCUCUGCCUGAGGGCUUCCCCCACCCCCGUCCCAUGAGUAACAUGUGACAAUAAACAGCAUAGUGCAUAUGA